AUGUCCUUUCAUACGAUAGAGCAGCUUGUUGACUGUCGUUGCGCGGUAACUGGUACCAAAGACGCUGAAACAAUAGCGGACGUCAUUGCCGAUCCUGAUCCCGAGAAAUUACAGUCCUUUCUGAACCAGGGAUGGCAUCACUUUGUUCAGAAGCAGCGGGAUCGUAAGCUGCGUCUUCCUCUGUUGACCCCUGAAUUGGCAGAUGCAGACGCCUCGGCUUACUGGGCCUCAAUUAAGCGCAAAUUCUGCGCGCAGAAGCGGUGUCGGUUCAGCCCGAACUACAGAUUUGGCUGGUUUGUGGAAAAUCAGUGUCACUCAGCUUUGACGGCAGCGAUCCGGAGACAGUCUGAACACCACGUUACUCUUCUCUUGAAGCUGGCUGCCAACCCGGACGGCUUUGAGCUGAGUGGGACAUCGGCUCCCCAGACAGUCCACAUCACUAAGGAGGAGGUCGAGGAGCGCACAGUGGCCGAGUUUUGGACCAGUUCUGACCGCGGUUCCGUGAUAUGGCGCAGUCGGUAUGAGAAACCAGCUCCACCCCUGGUCAUUGCUGCGGGCCUUGAUUCAACCGUUAUUGUGGACCAGCUCAUAUUGCACGGUGCGGACCAUUCAUUUUGGACGGCAAACCCGUCCCUGGCAGCUAUCCCCGAGCCGCCGACACCGUCAGCUCUGGCGCUUUCGUCACCAAUUCACGAGGCUAUUGCAAGCGGUAACACGGACAUGCUGCAUCAUCUUCUGGCCAAGGGGUUCAAUCCGAACGUGCUUCCUCUCGCCUACGUGCAAGCCAGCAUCACACCCCUGAUGGCCACUCUGCUGGAUAGCGAGCCGUGGAAUGAGGCCGCGUACAACGUGCUCGCCGAAGACCCGCGAUUGGAUUUCGACUUCCGGACGCCGUACAUGUGCGUUCACGUGCUGCAUGUAGCUGCCGCGCACUCUCUGCAGGCGCUUCAGCGCGUUGAACGGGACGUUCCUUUGGAUAGCGCAGGCCGUACAGCUUACGGGCAUAGUUUGCUACACAUUGCUUGUUUGCCCUCGGCAAUCCAACGUUACGCGUCCAAGGCCCGGGAAUCAAUCAAGAAUCUGGGGUUCCGUCGGCCGCGGGUGCGGGCCGCAACAGGUUUCUGGGCUUCUCAAGGGGAGGAGGAAUUAUCUGUUUCUACAUGCGAGGCGGAGUUUCCGGCGCAAUUGGAGCUGCUGCGUUACCUUCUCGCAUCAGGAACACAGCAGGUUAUAGCGUACGAUUCGGAUCUCAAUACCCCUCUGCAUUACUUGGCGGGCGCCCGAGUAAUCAACGAAGAAGCAAUCCGGCUCCUACGUACACAGCCUGAGGGCGAAGUGGCAUGGAGGGAGAUACAUAAUUGGUAUGGAUACACUGCAGAGGAGAUCUGGGAGUAA